AAUUACAUUAUGAUGAAAAACCCGCGAAAUAUUAACUCAAAAUGACAAGGGCAAUAAAACACAUAGCUACAUUCACACGAUUUAUUUUUUAAAGAAAGAACACAUUUCCCUAACAUAAAUAAAAUAAUUUAUGAAAAAAGAAACCCAUUAAAAAGUCAAUGACAAUUUUUAUCAAUGAAAGCCAUUGCCAUGAUUUGCAUUCUUUUUUGCGAGCACUUCAAUUACUUCGAAUAUAUAUUUGUUAUGACAUUAAAUUGAUUUGUUAAACAUGUGCUCAAGCUCUAUACAUUUAUAUACUAUUCUCGUUAUCAGUUGUUGGGGUGAUCUAGUAUUCACAAGCUCCCCAAUAAUUUUGUAUGCAAAGGCGUUGAGAACUCAAAAUUUUCCGCUUGAUUUAUUCAUUAAUUGCAUAUAUUCUGCGCCUAGACUUUUAAAUGCACAGAUAUCUGUACUGAAAUUCAAUAGGGCUCCACCAGUUUAAUUAAUGUUUAUAGAUGCUGAAAACAAGCGGCCUAAUUGACUGUUAUUGAAGCUGUUCUAAAUAUAGAACAGUCGUCUGCCAUAAAAUGAGAUGGGUGUGUGCCUCAAGACUCGGAAAAGCCUCUGAUUGAGGGUUGAGUUACGCCUAUCUAGUUGUCAGUGGGUCGAAUAUGAUUGAGGCGAAUAGGCAUUAAUGAUUGAGUAUGUGCUUACAAGUGAUUUUUAAUGAAUGGCUGAUUUGUUCUUAAUAAAACUAAGCAAGCCACUUAGUAACUCAUAAAUUAUUAUUUAUUCUCGAUUUUAUAAAAUGUCUUUCAGUAAAUUUAGUUUGUAAAAUAUUUUCCAGUGUUGUGAAUGAUGUUAGCAGAUUUCGAAAUAAGUAAGCUUGCGUAUAUAAUUAUUUGGUAGGAGCUUAUGGAUCUUGAACCAUCAUAAAGUAAUUCACUCUGAAAAUCGACAUUUUACACGAGGGCUGCCUUGGAUGAGUCCAUAUGCACUUCACGUGUAAUUGAGAAUUAGCUGGGCAAAUAUGCGGAGGUUUUACAGCCUCAAAAGUGGCGGCGAUUAAACGAAACGGAGCAGAGCUCCGGAGUAAUGCCAAAUGUUUCCCUCAUUUCCACUUGGCAAAUCAAUAAAACUGAAUUCAAACAGGUAGACAGCCGAAGGAUGUAGAGUAUAUGCAUAUGUUUAUUGCUAAGAUAAAUUCCCCGCCUGUAAAAAACAGUAAACAGCAGGAAUAUAUAUGAAAAAAGGAGAGCCUUAAUGCCAACGAUCAAUAUUUGUGCAACAAAUCAGCAAUGAGAGCGGCCUGUAUCUGUGAGAUACAGAUACAAUUUUCAACAAAACCCGUACGAGAUGCGUGAGGCGAAUUAACACCGAUGCGUUAACACAAUUAGUUGAAAAGUGAAAAACCGCGUAAAGUAGAAGCUGGAGAUUAAAUAAAAUAAAAUCUAUAUGCCAAUCGGGAGUGUCGACAAAAAGCGGGCCAGCAAAUUUGCAACUUUACACUCGGCGCCCGUUUUCAGUCGCGCAAUGAAGCUCCAGCAUCGCGGCUGAGUUCAAGAAAGAAAUAUACGAAAGCACAUGUGCCAACCGUACUAAAACUAAGUGGAAAAUAAAUACUACAGAAUACAUCGAGCUCUGAAACAUGGCUGAUUUAUUGAAGGCUCUUAAUAUUACGGGCAACCUGCUGGCAGGCCUCGAAGACACCAGCAAUCUAACGAUUGCAACUGCCACAACCACAACUCUGAGUGAAGGCCUCAAUGGCAACGCGACGACCUUGGAUGCCGCAGCAUCCACCAAUAGUGGCGAAAAACUCGAUCUGGGCGGCUUCGAUCUGCCCGGCAACUACUCCAUACUCAUUAACAAACUGGAGCAGCUGGCCUUGGGCUUGGACUCGGCCUUGGGAAAUUUCACCAUCGAUCGCCAGGAGGUCGAGAUCAACUUGAGUGGCGCGGCCUCGGCCAACGAGGUUGCCGAUGUGGCCGACGAUCUCUUUGAUGUCCUGCCAGCUGCUCGGGCACCUCCCCCGCAUAUAGCACACGGAUCCAGGAUAUACACGGGCGACGAUGGCCAGGACUUUGCCCACGUGGUCAGCGACAUCUGGAUUGGGGUCAUCCUAACACUGCUCAUCGUCUUUGUGAUAUUCUUCAUUUGCGCUUGCUUCGUUUACCACAAGUUCCAGCAGUGGAAGAAUUCAUACCGUGCCAACCACAGUGAUCCAACGAUUGAGAUCUGCCGCCGCUGUCCGCCGGACUACGAGGCGGAGUCGCUGCCCUCGUAUACGAUUGUGUCCGGACUGCCCACGUACGACGACGCAUUGGAGGAGUUCCGGAAGGCGGGCAUCAUCCUGACCCCCGCCGUGGUGCCCAUCAUCAAGAUCUUCGAGUGCAGCGAGACCGGCAAGGAGCAGGCGGUGGGCUACAGCCUGGUGGAGACGAACAUGGCGAACGCUGAUGCUGCCGCGGAUAAUGUGUCGCUGGCCUCGACCACCUGCAAUUGUGGCAACUCCUCGCCCACCUCAUCGCUGCCCAGUUACAGUGCCGCCACAGCGGCUGCGAUGGCAGCGGCUGCGAUGGCAGCGGCGGCGGCUGCUCCUCCCCAGGUGAUCGAACUGUCGCCGGAACAUCUGGCCUCCUUGUCCCAGAAGCGUCUCUCCCUGCAGAUCUCAUUCAAUAACUCGGUGCGCCGGCAGUCGCCUCUCAGGAAUCAUCUGCUGAGAUCCCGGGCGGUGGGAAAUACAGCCGGCGUAGGUCCUUCGGAGGCAGCCGGUCCUGCCAUUCACGGGUCAGGAGCCCACGGAGUCCGUGGCGGCGGAAAUGCCACCAUCCUGCCCGUCCUGCAUCGCUCCUCCUCCACAAUUUCACUGUCCAACGAACGCCAGUUGCUGGAUCAACGCCUCAGGCAUCUGCAUCAUCGUGGUUCCCUCUACUGAGAACCCAUAUAGAGCAUUUGAACUGCCUGACUAAUCCUUCCUAGAGGUACUCCCUACGUUAUUCAUAUCCCAAGAGUUGUUAGUUUUAAGACACUUAAUAAACAUGCGUUGUUAUAUGAUGCCUUUUGUUUCAAACUCAA